AGGCAUGGGGCUUUCACAGAAACCCGCCUGAAAGUUCAGGCAGAACCCACGAAAGGAACGGUGCCGUCCUUCACAGAUUCAGCGGCAUGCCUUACCGACAUAUUCUCAUGGCCUGCCCACCUCGUUCCAUUCUGUCCCCGCUGUACCAACCCCUCAACCCAACCUGAGAACAGCAACCCCCAGGUCAACGACCUUGUCAACCGCGUUGUCGUGGGGCAUACCAUUCAAAGGUAAUUCAGAGCCGGCAGCCGGUAAUUGGAGUCUGACCAGGUUGAGUGGAUACGCGCCAUGGUUCUGGACAAGAAAGAGGUGUUUGAGAAGUUGUAUGGGCCGAACUGGGAAGUCCAAAAUUGGCAUCCAAUGAUUAGGAACAUCCGAACCGGGGUAAAAAGCUCCAAAGCACAUCAUUGUGGCGAGUGCGCGGCCAGAAGACAACGAAGCUGUUACGAGGCGUUGCACUAUGUGUACUGCUCCGCGAUGGUCGUCGCAGACAACGGGAAUGUAGUACGCUGCGGCGAGGUGCUUUGCUUCCGGUCAAAAGGGUGUUUACACCACCCUUUCUCAGCCGGAUACAAUGAACUCUUCCGGGAAUUGAGACUAUUCGGCUUGGUGGCGGAGGAGCUAGUAGAUAUGGUCACGACUCCUGACUCUGACCUUGGCGCGCGCCAGAAGGAGCAAAGAAGGACGGAGAACGCCGAGAUUCAGAGAGAGAUGGAUCGCCAAGCAGAGGAGCUCGCUGAAGCUGGUGCGGGUGAAGGACCUCAAUCCUUUGCGAACAUCUUCGACCGUUUCAAGAACCGGAAUAAGCAGGACGAGGCAAACCGACGAGCUGCGCGAAGAACUGAGGCUAACCUCACUCGCAUGGCCACCCGUGAGGCAGAAGCGCAGCGCCACAGGUGGACCAAAAAGGACACUAAAAUCAGCAAGUUCAACAAGUCCAAGAAGAGAAUGGAGGAGCAGCGGAAGGCCGAAGAGCGAGCAGCGCAAAGGGAGGCGAGGGCCAAGACCGAAGCUGGCCUACUCAUGAACGACGGUACAUUGAGUAUCGUCAGGCGGCCGUGA